AAGAGACUUCCCUCUGCCCACUCCCCCACCAAACUCUCCUCCCCUCGCCGCGCUCCUGCACCACCUGUCCACCACCACGCGCUGCCGCAUCGCUCGUCAAUCCGUCAUGGAGGUCGCCGGCGCCCGCGGGUCCGGCGGCAGCGGCGGAGGUGGCGGUGGCGGCGGCGGGGGCGGACCGGCGCCGUUCCUGCUGAAGACCUACGAGAUGGUGGACGACCCGUCGAGCGAUGCGGUGGUGUCGUGGAGCGACGCCUCCGACGGGAGCUUCGUCGUCUGGAACCCGCCCGAGUUCGCGGCCCGGAUGCUGCCCACCUACUUCAAGCACAGCAACUUCUCCAGCUUCAUCCGCCAGCUCAACACCUACGGUUUUCACAAAAUUGACCCAGAGCGCUGGGAAUUCGCGAAUGAGUACUUUGUCAAGGGACAGAAGCAGCUGCUGAAGAAUAUCCACAGGAGAAAGCCUAUCCACAGCCACAGCCAUCAACCUGGUGCCCUGCCUGACAAUGAGCGUGCGUUAUUUGAAGAUGAGAUUGACCGGCUUUCACGAGAGAAAACUACCCUUCAGACUGACCUCUGGAAGUUCAAUCAGCAGCAGUCGGGGGCUAUGAGCCAGAUCGAAGAUCUUGAGCGGCGAGUGCUCGACAUGGAGCAACGGCAGGUCAAGAUGCUUAGCUUCUUGCAGCAGGCUAGCAAGAAUCCUCAGUUUGUCAGCAAGCUCGCUAAGAUGGCAGAGGCAUCCCCAAUCUUCGCAGACGCAUUUCACAAGAAGCGAAGGCUACCUGGGUUGGAAUACAGCAACGAGGCUGCUGAAACUACCAGUUAUGAUGACCACAGCAGCACUUCCAGGCAAGAAAUGGGCAACAUUUUGAACCAGCACUUCUCCGACAAGCUGAAGCUGGGGCUCUGUCCUGCGAUGACCGAGAGCAACCUCAUCACCCUCAGCACGCACAGCUCGCACGAGGAUAACGGGAGCCCUCAUGCUGGCAAGCAUCCAGAUUGCGAGAGGACGGGUGUGGAGUGCCUCCCGCUGGUGCCACAGAUGAUGGAGCUCUCAGACACCGGGACAUCCAUCUGCCCCUCGAAGGGGCAGGGUGUGAGCUUCACAGCAGCCACGAACGACGUCGGGAUCCUGCCGUGCCACCUCAACCUCACUCUCGCGUCGUGCUCGAUGGACGUCAACAGAAGCCAAAUCUCCCAUGCGAACGGGAACACCACGGAAGAGGAGAAGGACAGCCCUCCAGAGGCAGCAACCACGGCCACCAUGGAGGAAGACAACGGCAUUGCCAGACGCCACGAUGAUAUUGAUACCCAGAACAAGGCUUCAGGCGACUCUGCUACCGCAGCGGACACAACGGUGACGCCACAUGGGGACAGCCAAGCUCCUUCUGAAGAACCUGCAGCUCCACCGGUGGUGGCGAACGACAAGUUCUGGGAGCAGUUCCUGACGGAGAGGCCGGGGUGUUCCGAAGCCGAGGAAGCAAGCUCCACCUUGAGGAGGGAUCCGUACGAGGACACGAGGAGUGACAGGAGAGAUAUGGGACAGCUGAAACUCUGACCCCUUCAGUCAGGUUAGCAUGGCCACUUCCCAUAUGCGAUACAGACGUAAGUACAGGGUUAGAAUCGGACACCUCCGGUGAAACCGUGACAUGAGUUGCGUACCAUUGUAGUUUUAGACAAGGGAGUGAUUGGUAGGCUGCAUAUGGGCUACCGAGGCUUGUGUAAUGCAGUCUGCUGGUGUUUGGUAGCCCGCAUAGGAGGGGUAGCCAGGCUUGGGCUGUGCAAAGGACCCUGUACAGCCUGCAUAAUGGGAAACUAAAAUCAGUUGCGUU